AAACUGAACAUUCUAUUAUCGAUUAAUAUCGAUAUAAUUGCACCUGCAAUUCGCAAAAAUCAUCCGGCUACGCACACGAGAUCUGUAAUUUGUUACUUUUUAUUGUUGCAACUAAUUAAUUUAAAGUAACAAUAAAAUGGGUGAAGAUAAACCUACAGAUUCUCCUAUAUCUGGAGAUGAAAUAUCAAAAAAAGCACUCAAGAAACAGCAGAAAGAAGCAGAGAAAGCAGCAAAAAAAGCAGAAAGAAAAGCUCAGAAUCAACAGCAGCAGGAAUCUACAGAAGAAGCCAUGGAUGUGUCUGUAGGAUGUUACGGAUUGAUGAACAUGAUUCAAAGUACAGAGAAGUUGGAGGACAGAAAAUUUAAAGUAAUUAAGGAUUUAAAUAAAGAACUGGAAGAUCAGGCGGUUUGGUUAAGAGGUCGCUUACACAUUAGUCGUGCAAAAGGCAAACGGUGCUUUAUUGUGUUGAGACAACAAUCAUAUACAGUGCAGGGAUUAGCUAAUGAAGGACCAACCAUAAGCAAACAAAUGAUUAAAUUUAUAUCCAACAUUACGAAGGAAUCCAUAAUCGACGUUGAGGGCAUAGUGAGAUCUGCGCCAUCGAAGAUCGAGUCGUGUUCGCAAAAGGACGUGGAAAUUGAACUGAAAUGCGUCUUUGUGAUAAGCGCAGCGAAACCGCAACUUCCCUUGCAGAUAGAAGACGCUGCGAGGUCUGUUAACGAAAUGGAUGAGACGACAUUAAAUAUUCGAGUAAAUCAGGAUACUAGACUGGACAAUAGAGUGUUAGAUUUACGUACUCCAGCUAAUCAGGCAAUCUUCCGGGUGGAAGCUGGUGUUUGCAAGCUCUUCAGAGACAUCUUAACAAAGAAAGGAUUUGUAGAAAUCCAUACUCCCAAAAUCAUCUCAGCGGCUAGUGAGGGUGGAGCCAACGUAUUUACAGUGUCCUAUUUUAAAGGCAAUGCUUAUCUGGCGCAAUCACCACAAUUGUACAAGCAGAUGGCGAUCGCCGCCGACUUCGAUAAGGUGUUCACCGUUGGAGCAGUUUUUAGAGCGGAAGAUUCUAAUACGCAUAGACAUUUGACUGAAUUCGUGGGCCUUGAUCUGGAGAUGGCUUUUAAGUAUCAUUAUCAUGAGGUGAUAGAUACUAUUGGGCAAAUGUUCACCGAGCUGUUCAAAGGCUUACGUGACAAAUACGCGGACGAUAUAGCAGCGGUCAAUCAACAAUACGCAGUAGAACCCUUCAAGUUUUUGGAACCAGCCUUAAGAUUGGAAUUUCCGCAAGCGAUUGAAUUGUUGGCCGAAGCGGGUGUAACUCUGGGUGAAGAAGACGAUUUGUCAACACCCGAUGAAAAGCUUUUGGGGAAGCUUGUCAAGGCCAAAUAUGAUACAGACUUUUAUAUCUUGGAUAAGUAUCCACUUGCUGUAAGGCCUUUUUAUACUAUGCCAGAUCCCAACAAUCCUAAAGUUUCCAAUUCGUACGAUAUGUUUAUGCGAGGCGAGGAAAUCAUAUCUGGCGCGCAGCGUAUUCAUGACCCAGAAUUUCUCACUGAACGUGCCAAACAUCAUGAAAUCGAUAUUGAGAAGAUCAAGUCUUAUAUCGACGCUUUCCGAUAUGGCUGUCCACCGCAUGCCGGUGGCGGAAUAGGUUUAGAACGUGUGGUGAUGUUGUAUCUCGGACUAGAUAAUAUUCGUAAGGUGUCCAUGUUCCCGCGUGAUCCUAAGCGCCUGACGCCUUGAAGAACUUAAUUUUAAUAUUCUACUGAAUAUAAUUAUAUACUACAGUGAGAUCGAUGAAUACUUUAUGUUCAUGCAUUAUAAAAGAAAAAAAAUAUAUAUAUAUAUAAUGAAA